GCAAAAAGGAAGCACCUUUAUCAUCUGUUCUGUAAUGUAUAAUCGCCAGAAGAAAUUAUUUUGAUUUCGGAUUUCCUCUUCCCUUUCUCCUAAACUACAAAAACUCUUUCGUUUUCCCGCACUUUCUCCGGAGAAUGAGGUGGGAAAGGGUCCGACAACAAGUGGGUUCUUCUUCCGGGCCCGGUAAGAGGUGGGGACACACUUGUAACGCCGUUAAAGGAGGUACCUUUCUCUACGUUUUCGGUGGCUACGGCACGGACAAUCGCCAAACCAAUCAAGUCCAUGUCUUCGACGCUGCAAAGCAGAUAUGGACUCAGCCGAUGAUCAGUGGCACGCCUCCUCCUCCUAGGGACAGUCACAGCUGUACAACAGUCUGCGACAACCUUGUUGUGUUUGGUGGUACUGAUGGAAUCAAAUCUCUCAAUGAUUUGUACAUUCUUGACACUUCUUCACAUACUUGGAAGUGUCAGAGUGUUAGAGGGGAGGCGCCUGCGCCAAGAGAAGGUCAUACCGCCACGCUCGUUGGUAAAAGGCUUUUUGUAUUUGGUGGCUGUGGCAAAUCUUCUGAUGUUAAUGACGAAAUUUAUUAUAAUGACCUCUACGUACUAAACACAGAGACUUAUGUGUGGAAACGUGCUACUACUAUUGGGAAUCCACCAUCUGCGAGAGAUAGUCACACUUGCUCAUCGUGGAAGAACAAGAUCGUUGUUAUAGGUGGUGAAGAUGGACACGACUAUUAUCUCUCUGAUGUUCAUAUCCUUGAUACAGAUACAUUCGUAUGGAAGGAGCUGAAUACUUCAGGGCAGUUAUUGACACCUCGAGCUGGUCAUGUUACUGUUUCACUAGGGAAGAACUUAUAUGUGUUUGGAGGGUUUACGGAUGCUCAGAAUCUUUACGAUGAUCUCUAUGUGCUUGAUCUUGAUACGUGUGUGUGGUCAAAGGUUCUGACCAUAGGAGAAGGGCCAUCUGCUAGAUUCUCCUCUACAGGGGCUUGUUUAGAUCCUCACAGAUCCGGGUUUCUAGUCUUUGUUGGUGGCUGCAAUAAAAAUCUCGAGGCAUUGGAUGAUAUGUUCUACUUACACACAGGACUUGGAUAUGAUGCAAGGCUUGAUCAAAAUGUAGGGAGCAUGUCUCUAAAGAAGCAACUGAAGUUGAAAUGCCAAGAACAAAGUCAUGCAAGUUCCUUGUAUGAUAAAUCUCUUGUUGGAAUCAGUAUGGAUCAUCAAGGAAGAGGGAGUUUUGGUUUGAAGAAUGGCCAAUUUGAUCAGGGGAAAAUGAUGUUUCAAGCCAAGGUAACGGAGAGGUUCCCAGUUGGUUACAGUAUAGAAACAAUGAUAAAUGGGAAAGUGCUUCGUGGCGUUUUGUUUUCAACCAAGCAGAGCUCCGUUCUGGCGACCGACCAAAGCUUGAGUAGAAAGAGGCCAGCUAUGUCCAACGGUGACCAGGAUCACAGUUUAAAGGUACCAAGAACUUUGAGCAAGGAUCAAACUGAUGCUACUGAAUCCAAAGAUUCUCCAUCAAUGGGCAUGGAGGGUGGUGGUAUUGGUCUCAUCAGCAACCCUCUGGAUGUUAACAUAAACACAGAGGCAGUGACACCUCAGCUCGAUAUGGGCAAUGUGAGUACAGCUCCACCAUCUUCAUCAGUUCCUGAGACAGAUGAAGCGUCUUUAGAAUCUAGAAAUGCGGUAUCAAUCGAUGUUGGAGCUACUAAUAAGACCGGACCUGGAGAGUCAUCAUAGCUAACAGAAAAACAAAGAUGAGAGAUUCAGCAAGAUAGGAUGAAGAGAGAGGAUGUGUUUAGUUUAGAAUCAAAGUCAGGUUUUUUUUGUUGGCGACUUGUUGAGGAUUAGGUUUUUAUUUAAUUUUUCUUCUGCUUAGUGUUAUUCAACUUGCAAAAGCAAUGUAAUGCUUCCUCUCACAGUUCCAGUAAAGAACAAAAGAAAAUGGGUUACUAAUCUGAUGAACAAAAAGUUUAA